AAAAGAGCAGAGAGACUAUCUGAAGAUAGUUUGUUACGCGAUUGCCGCAUUUGAAGCGCUUCAUUCACUGUACUUUUUGCUGGACACCGCCUACUUGUUGAUAUCGUACACGAACCUAUAUACCAUAAUGGCUUUCCUGGGAACCAACGUUUGGGUUCUGACUGUUGUCGCACUCUCUGUGGGUCUAUGGAAGGAAAGACCGAUGCUUUUUAUAUUUUGGUUUUUCUUCUCGGGAAUCGGUACUAUCACGGAUAUUGUGUAUAUGGUUUGGAAUGUGACAGCGUCCCUUACUUUCGACUUGGCCCAUUUCCUCCGGUGGACCAUCCUCUACUGUGGCAUAGUUCUCGAGUGCACUGGUCUGUAUUUGGUUUACAGUUACUAUCAAAGAUUGAAUCGCAAAGAGAACGACGACUCCGCUUCGAGAUCCACAGACUCCGCUUCGAGACCCAAAGACUCCGCUUCGAGACCCAAACGUCGUAAACGGUACGUCCCGAAGUCUCCGGCUCUGCAAAGCGAAACGACAUCAUAUCCAGCUACAGAUACGAAGCGCUAAGCAGGAAAGCAGUAUUAGGGACCGAUAUAUAUAUUUUGUAUACAACAGACCUCCCCGUUAAAAAU